UGCCUGUAAAUGUUAGUUACCGAAAGGUUAUGUGACACUGGACUGUUGAGCACAACCCGUAACUCAUAUUGGUAAAAAUCUAGUAAUUGCAGCUAGCUGGAAGCCUCUCUGUACAUUGUAUAAUACAGUAUCAAGGACAGGCUAGUGGUAAACAAACAGUCAAACAUCAGGAUGGGAAGAGCCUCUUACUUAGCUGUGAUUUUCAUCUGUUUGGUUUCCAGUAGCAGGAUAUCUGGACAGUCAUGUGAAGGAAAAUGUGGUGGCAAAUUAGAAUCCUGUUCUUGCCAUGCCACGUGUGUAUCUCUGGAAAGCUGCUGUGCGGACUAUGGGGAGUACUGUGUCGAUGUCACUCCAUAUUCCGGAUCAAUAUUUGGUGGAACUGACUUUGUUGUCCUCAAAGCAACUUUUAAUGAGAGCUCCCAAAUAAUCUGCAGGUUCAAUGAUGAAAUCACAACGGUGGGCUAUGUGGACACAGACAGCAGAGGCCACUGCAUAUCACCUCUACUGUAUGAAACAGGGAUGGUUCCUCUUCAGAUCUCUACAGACAAUGGUACAACCUUCAGCAGACAUGGAGCUUGGCUAUCAGUCCAUCCUGGAAAGGCAGAUCCUAGUUUCAAAGCUACUAUAAUCAACGCAACCCAGUGGCAGUACUACGGCACCCCAAAAGUUGGAGGCCCGCUGGACAUGACAUGGAACACCUCACAGGUCAGAGCAGAAAAGGUCAACAUAGAACUCUGGGGAUACAUGGAGAAAGGGGAUCCCUACUCAGAGUCCUGGCAGGGUAAAUGGGAGUACCUGUACUCUCUUGGGAGGGACCAGCCUAACAGUGGUGCCUUUAGAUUUGUGCCCAAGACAGCAGGGAAGCCUUUUUCAGACUGGGAGGUCGGCUGUCUACGCAUCAGCUCCAGUACUCACCCAGAUGGAACAUGGAAUGUCCAGGCAGUGUGGACUGAGGACCAUGCUCUAGCCUGGCAUCUGGAGGACAAGUUCAGGCAGGACUCAGCCGUCUGGGCACUGGAUAAGUGUAAAGCCUGGGACCAGCUGGAGGAGACACUGCCAGACUUCCUCUCUGAAAUUAUUGACUGUCCAUGCACACUGGCUCAGGCUAGAGCAGACACUGGGAGGUUUCAUACAGAUUAUGGCUGUGAUAUAGAGAAGGGGAGUGUGUGUACCUACCACCCAGGAAGUGUGCACUGUGUGCGGGCCAUACAAGCCAGCCCCAAGUUUGCAGCAGGACAGCAGUGUUGCUAUGACCACACGGGGGCCCAGGUUUUGACAGAUGACUCCAUUGGCGGGAGUACCCCAGACAGAGCCCAUGACUGGGGCUCACCCCCAUUUGUAAAGCCCCCCAGAGUCCCUGGGUUCUCCCAUUGGCUCUACGACGUCCUCAGCUUCUACUACUGCUGCCUGUGGUCUGACAACUGUCACUACUACUUCAAACGCAGACCCUCCAGUGACUGCAGGACCUACCAAGUACCAAAAGCAGGUGUGGUGUUUGGAGACCCCCACUUCAUAACAUUUGAUGGCGUCAGUUACUCCUUCAAUGGAAAGGGGGAAUACACCAUUAUGGUCUCAGAAAGCAAGGAACUGACAAUACAGGGCAGAACAGAGCCGGUAAUACUGACAAAUGGCAGCAUGGUGAAAGCAACAAAGCUGUCAGCGGUUGCCAUGAGAGAGGGGACCUCUGACAUCAUUGAGGUGCGACUCGGCAACCCUCAGGACCACCUACAGGUGCUGCAGAACCAAACCUCCCUCUCCUUCUCUGAGCAGAGCUGGAUGGAUCUGAAGGGUGUGUUUGUAUUUUCACCCAACCCUACAAAUGUGACUGUCAUGUUCCCCUCUGGAGCUGGAGUGGAACUGAGACUGAGAGGGGGAACCAUGACAACCACAGUGCUUCUACCGGAGGUGUUUAAGGAUUUUACCCGUGGACUGUUAGGAAAGAUGAACGGUGAUCCCAAAGAUGACCUGGUUACCAGUGAUGGUCAGACUGAGUCUGAUCAAGGCAAUGCAGAGGGGCUGUUUAAUUUCGGGGCAAGCUGGGCUAUAUUGAACGAGUCCACGCUCUUCACGUACGAUUCGGAACACUUGUUGAACUCAUAUCUCCAUGCUCCAAAACACGACGCCAGUUUCCGUCCAGUGUUUUCCAUCCCUGAGGAUCCAAAUGAUCCUCUCGGCAGCCAGGCCUCUGAGCUGUGCUCUGGAGAGGGCUCUCUGUACUGUAGAUAUGAUACGCUGAUGGCUCGUAGUCUGGAGAUGGGCAAUGCCACCAGGGUAUCUUUUCAGAGCCACAGGUCUGUAGUGGAGGAUCUAGAGCCAGUGGUGUCCUGUGGCUGGCUUUCUCCACCCACAAAUGGAAAGAAGGAGGGGACCAGAUAUUUACAGGGAGCUGUGGUGAAGCUGUCCUGUGACUCUGGCUAUGUCCUCUGGGGGUCAGAGGAGCACACAUGCCUGGGGACUGGUCAAUGGUCUGGUGAAACCACGACCUGUGUGGCUGAUAAUCUGAAGGGAAUUGUGGUUGUUUCAGUUAUUGGACCACUAGCAUUAAUCCUAAUGAUAGUAACACUCAUAAUUAACAGCAGACAACAUAAAAGAGAAACUGCAGCGUCUGCUGUGUCAGAUGAUGGACAAGAUCAGAUCAGUGUGGUUUUCUAAUAGACAUUCUGCAGGAUCCAUAGAAUAGUUGGUUUAAGAAUACCAGCACAGAGAAUGACUGUGUCACAGAAAGCCUUUCAGUAAACUUCAUUACUAGGCUAUAUUCUUCAAUAGACACACUCCAUAAAUGUUUGUAUGUAACCCACCUUUGCAUAAAGGACUCAGAUAUGUCUCAAGGUUAGAGUUGCAAACAUAUACAUUUGUUCUACUGCUGAUAGUGAAAGUAAAGUUAAUUGCACCAUAAUGUAUCUAGUUAUAUGGCAAAACACAAUACCUGUUGAUUUAAAACAGUACUGUACCUAAUGACAUGCAUAUAUCCACACUUCUAACUCUGUAAUGCAAAAUAUGAAUGUAUGGCAUGUAAUAAUAUCAGCAAUGAAAUUCAUGAUAUCUCUUCCACUACCAUACUAAUAAAUGGUAUCACUGUACACUCACGGUA